AUGGUAAAGCCAGUCCUAGUUGCAAUACUAGUUCUUUCGUUCUCCUUUUCAACGGUUGCAAGUGAUACCAAGGAGAAAUCUGUGAUUGUAUCUGUUAUUUCAAAAUGGAACUCAACGUCUCUGGUUGCGGAAUCUGGAGAGUUUUUUGCUAGGGAAAGCAACCAGAUGUUCUGGAGAUUUGUUCAUGAAGUAGCAAGUAGAUGUUCGCGGUUAGACUGGAAGAAUGCUGAUGAAGAGCAAAAAUAUGAGUUCGCCGUGGAUGUAGCGUCGCAAAUUCUCACUGAGUCGUCUUUCGACAUGUUGAAACUUUCUUUGUCGAUUCGGAUGUUUUCUCCAGCCGUUCAGGUUUUUCAUCAGAUGGGGGCUGAGUACACUGUUGUAUGUACAGCGUUUUUCGACGUGCACGGUAUUACUGGAUGCAGUGUGGAGGAACUCGAGAACGCUGUGAACUCUGAACAAAAAAGAGAUGUCCCGGAAUUGCUACCCAUUGACCAUAUUUAUGGAAAAGAAACUGUUCCUAAGACGGUUGCGAUUGUGUACGCAGAUGUUGGGUCACCAGAAUGGCUGCAACUUCACAUCAAGGCUUCAGAAUUAGUUUCAGCUCGCAAAAUACAAUAUGUGCUACGACAUUACAUUAAGGAGACCGAUGCACACACACUUUCACUGUCGGGGUAUGGUGUUGAACUCGCUAUCAAGAAUACGGAAUACAAGGUUGUCGAUGACAGCUUUGCAAAAAAUGAUUCUGACGAAACGGAUCUUCAUGGUUUCAAUUUCAGACUUCUCAGAGCACUUUAUCCUGAUGAUAGCGAAUCUUUCGAUGGAUUUCGAAUGCAUCUAAAGGAUAUUGAGGAACUAACACCUUUGAAACAGUGGCAGGUUCAAGAUUUAUCGUUCCAAGCGUCACAGCGCAUUAUUAGGGAAGGGCCACAUAGUGCUCUUGAAACACUUAAGGAAUUAUCUCAGAACUUUCCUACCUACGCUAGCCGGGAAUUACGCGAUGAGAUUGAGCGGAACCAAAAGGACCAUCUUUCUGGCGCGGGGUUGGACCCAGGUGAAUCGAUGUUGUUUUUGAAUGGCAUUAACCUUGACAUCGACAGUCUUGACAUGUUCCAACUAGUGGACGUUAUAAAACAAGAAGAGCGUGUUGCAUGCGGAUUCUUCAACAUGGGUUUCAAGCGAGAAUACUUAUCUAUCUUAGUGGGGAUGGAUUUUCCUGAUGAUAAAACCAAGUAUGCCAUCGACUAUAGAGAUGCAUAUCCUAUGUUCCUCAACAACUUGGAUACCGACCGGCGUUACCAGCACUGGAGGAAUAGUGUUAAGUUGCUGCUAGAGCCGUACUAUCCUGGCAUGAUCCGACCAAUUGCUCGUAACCUCUUCAACUUAGUAUUCAUAGUUGACCCUGCUGACCGUGAAAGCCGUAAUCUGAUGAAGAUAGCACACUCAUUCUUUAAACAUGAAAUUCCAUUGAGGAUUGGGUUUAUUUUUGUUGUUAGCAACGACGAAAAUGUCACCGGAGUGAACGAUAGUGGUGUUGCAAUUCUUAAUUUGUUUAACUUUCUUGCUAUAGACACUUCCUACCACGAAGCUCUCCGAAUAGUUAAUGAGAUGUUGGAUCACUAUCGUGUUCAGGACAAAAUUGAACCUGUCGAUAUAAAAUCGUGGUUUGAGUCCAAUUACGGUGAUGCUGAUUAUUACGAUGUGUUUGGGCCCAAAUCUGACUACGAUAAUGGAAGAAAAGGGAUGGACUCCCUGUUUCUGCUGAGCCAGGAUUGGCUCAUGACAUCCUUGCAUCCCGCACGUCCGUCCGGCCAAAAGCCUGCAUCAAGUGACUGGGAAGUGCAAGGGAGGCGAAAAGAGUCUCCUGAUUCCGGAGGAAAGCCUGGUACGGUAGCGCCAGGAAGGGCGGGGUUGCGGGAGUCAUAUAAGCUGCCGAAACGGAAAAGGAGUAGGAUGAUGAACUGUACUUAUAACGCACGUUCGUUUGCAUCGGAGGCGGCCAUCGAAGAUCUGAUAAUGCAAGCCAAGAAGAUCAAGAACAUACGAGGUAGAGGUUUUGCUGAAGUCGGCGUCCUCGUCAACACAAGAACGGCAAAGAACAUCGACUCUUUCGAACAACUUGCGACCCGUAUCGGACGUCUGCGGAUGAGAAGAUGUGGUCCAACACCAGCUUUGACUAUCUUCGUCGCUUACGCUCCAACAUCAAGCUACGAAGAAGAAGAAGUCGAAGCUUUCUAUAUGGACUUGGAGAAGUUUUACCGAGAAGAUCAUGCCUUCUACAAGGUCAUAAUUGGCGAUUUCAACGCCAAAGUUGGCCCAAGAAGAACGCCGGAGGACUUCACAUCGGGACCCACGGCCUACAAUGGAAUGACCAGGGGGAGAGGCUCUCCGAGUUAA